GAAGCAAAUUCAGCGAGGGACAAUUUUCAUUUACAACAAAAGCUUCCUCAGUUUUUCCGAGAAAAUAUUUUGGUUCUUGAAUCACCUGCAGCUGAAAAAUGUCUCGUUCAAUUGAAAGUAUGCUGGGCCUUCUGAAAAUCCGUGUGAAGAGAGGCAUUGAUCUUGUUGUGAGCGACACAUUUAGCAGCGAUCCUUAUGUUGUUGUUACCCAGGGAAAACAGAAAUUGAAGACCAAAGUGGUGAGCAAUAACUGCAAUCCUGUAUGGAACGAGGACUUGACUCUUCCCAUUAGAGAUCCUAGUAUUCCAGUUCAGUUGACUGUAUAUGACAAAGACACGUUCAGUGUGGACGACGAAAUGGGAUAUGCAAAUAUAGAUAUUAAGCCAUACAUGGAUUGCAUAAAAAUGGGGCUGGAAAAUCUUCCCAAUGGCUGUACAAUUAAGAAGCUUCAGCCUACCAAGGAGAACUGCCUCCUCGAGGAGAGCGGCAUCAUAUGGAACAACGGCAAAAUAACUCAAGACAUGGCCCUCAAAUUGCAAAAUGUAGCCAGUGGCGUCGUCGAAAUCCGCCUUGAGUGGCUCGAUGUAUGAGGGUUUGAGUGAGAUGCAUGCAUGCCUCAAAAUUAACUUUGUCAAAAUGAAUGUUUCAUUUUUGAAAUAGUUCGUAGUAUUUGCUUAUAUAUUAUCCUAAAUGAAUCGAAGUCAGUUUUGUUGUAAUGAGAACUACCAAGAGAGUAUCUUUGUUUUGUUUAAGUUAUGAAUAGAAGAAAAAUGGAUCUAAGUUAAUAUUGGUGAUUGAA